AAACCCCGCUGCUUGUUCUCACUUUUCUUUUGUUACGAAAUACUACGAUACUUAACUUGAAUGAAAGAUAUUGCGACAAGUGAAGACGAUUCCAAUUUACUUGUUCUUAUUAUCGAUACAAAUCCAUUUGUCUGGGAUCUAAUAGCGAAAGCGACACCUCCACUCUCACUUGACGAUGCACUUCGACAAAUCCUUAUUUUUGUAAAUGCACAUUUGGCAUUAAAAUAUAAUAAUAAAGUGGUUGUUAUUGCAAGUCAUGGUGGUCAUAGCAAAUUCUUAUACCCUUUACCUCAUCAAGAAGGAUUAGUACCUCAUGUUUUUAACGGUAGCUCAAAACGAAAUGCAAAUAUGUAUCCUCAUUUUCAACUUGUCACGGAACAGAUCGUCGAGGGUUUACAAGAUCUACUCUCAGAUACGGAUAUUUUACAAAAAGAUAAUUAUACUUCAUCCAUGAUUACUGGAGCUUUCUCUAUGGCACUUUGUUAUAUCAAUCGAAUUAUCAAAGUAGAUGAUUUAGGACAUAUCAAACCUCGUAUAUUGAUCCUAUCUGUAUCUCCUGAUGCUGCUCAACAAUAUAUUCCUCUGAUGAAUUGUAUCUUUUCAGCUCAAAAAAUGGGGAUUCCAGUAGAUGUUUGUAAGAUCCACAACGAACAAACUGCUUUUUUACAACAAGCAGCCAAUAUUACUAAUGGUGUUUUUAUUCAUGUGGAUGAUUCUCAAGCAUUACUACAAUAUCUUAUGUUUGCCUUUUUACCGGAACGAUAUGCAAGAAACUAUUUGAAUUUGCCUAGUCAAGAUCUUGUGGAUUUCCGUGCUGCUUGUUUCUGUCAUAAGAACAUUGUUGAUAUUGGUUAUGUCUGUUCUGUUUGUCUUUCCAUCUUCUGUUCUUGGACACCUGUAUGUUCAACCUGCAAAACCAAGUUUGCUUUUAGACCCAAGAUUGCUGGACGACCUACACCUAAAGGAUCACCUGCCCCUUCUCCCAGUCCUUCUACUCCCUCAUAGUAUAGUCAUCAUAGUAUAUUACCAUUCAUGUAUAUAAUAAAAUAAAAAAUCAUCAUUUCAACGAA